AUGGCGGAUUCGAUUCCAAUUACGCCUGGCCAGGUUUCGUUUCUGCUUGGAGUCAUCCCUGUAUUCAUAGCAUGGAUAUACUCAGAGUUUCUUGAGUAUAAGAGGUCUUCAUUGCACUCUAAAGUUCAUUCGGAUAAUAAUUUGGUCGAACUCGGUGAGGUGAAAAACAAGGAAGAUGAAGGAGCGGUUUUACUGGAAGGAGGUCUUGCAAGAUCAGUCUCUACAAAGUUCUAUAGCUCACCUAUCAAAACAAACUUGAUUAGAUUUCUGACUCUGGAAGACUCUUUCUUGGUUGAUAAUCGAGCAACCUUGAGAGCAAUGGCUGAGUUUGGAGCGAUUCUUUUUUACUUUUAUAUUUGCGAUCGAACAAGCUUGCUUGGAGAGUCUAAAAAGGAUUACAACCGAGACCUUUUCCUCUUUCUCUACUGUCUUCUCAUCAUAGUGUCAGCCAUGACCUCCUUGAAAAAACACACUGACAAAUCACCAAUAACAGGAAAACCCAUCCUCUAUCUUAAUCGUCACCAGACUGAAGAGUGGAAGGGAUGGAUGCAGGUUCUAUUUCUGAUGUAUCAUUACUUUGCUGCGGCUGAGAUUUAUAAUGCAAUCAGGGUCUUCAUCGCGGCCUACGUCUGGAUGACUGGUUUUGGGAACUUCUCUUAUUACUAUGUCAGAAAGGAUUUCUCCCUAGCACGAUUCACUCAGAUGAUGUGGCGUCUUAACUUAUUUGUGGUGUUUGCCUGCAUCAUUCUCGAUAAUGAUUAUAUGUUAUACUACAUUUGCCCGAUGCACACUUUGUUCACCUUAAUGGUGUAUGGAGCCCUUGGUAUAUUCAGUCGGUAUAAUGAAAUACCAUCAGUGAUGGCUCUGAAGAUUGCUUCGUGCUUUCUUGUGGUUAUCCUGAUGUGGGAGAUUCCUGGAGUUUUUGAGAUUUUCUGGAGUCCUCUAACGUUCUUACUGGGAUACACCGAUCCAGCUAAACCUGACCUACCACUUUUACAUGAAUGGCACUUCAGAUCAGGACUUGACCGCUACAUAUGGAUCGUUGGGAUGAUAUAUGCCUAUUUCCAUCCCACUGUAGAAAGAUGGAUGGAGAAAUUGGAGGAGUGUGAUGCCAAGAGAAAGAUGUCAAUCAAGACAAGCAUAAUUGCAAUUUCCUCAUUCGUUGGUUACCUAUGGUAUGAAUACAUCUACAAGCUUGACAAGGUUACAUACAACAAAUAUCAUCCCUACACGUCAUGGAUUCCAAUAACUGUCUACAUCUGUCUGCGAAAUUCCACACAACAACUCCGAAAUUUCUCCCUGACACUAUUUGCGUGGCUCGGCAAGAUAACACUGGAGACCUAUAUUUCUCAGUUUCACAUCUGGUUAAGAUCGAAUGUGCCUAAUGGACAGCCUAAGUGGCUAUUAUCCAUAAUUCCAGAAUACCCAAUGCUCAACUUCAUGCUCACCACAGCCAUCUACGUCUUGGUGUCUCACCGACUUUUCGAGCUUACCAAUACGUUAAAGUCUGUUUUCAUACCCACAAAAGACGACAAGAGGCUGCUCCACAAUGUCCUCGCCGGGGCUGCCAUCUCAUUCUGUUUAUAUUUAACUUCUCUUAUUCUUCUCCAGAUCCCACACUAA